AUUCAACAAUAUUCUGCGUCAGUUGGAAACUUUUCAGAUCUGAACUGUACUAACACGGACGGCUAUUUCACCUGGACUUUCAAACUUACGGAUGCUAACUGCUCUAUUGUGAAGGCGUGGGUGAAGCAAAUCGUGGCGAGCUCGUCGUUCUACAAAGCUGGAUAUACUUCAUGCGGAAGCGAAACAGAAACAGCGUACAUUACACUAAUCAGCGAGUUCCCCAUCAAUGCAUCGGAUUUCGGCACUGCCUUGAAAUACUUCCACUAUUUACUAGGUGUUGCAGAAAACGUUCAUCCUCCAGAUGUUGGAAACUAUACAGAUCUACAUGUUACCAACAUAGACGGCUAUUUCGCCUACACUCUCACCUUUACGAAUGCUAAUUGCUCAAUUGUGAAGGAGUGGUAUGACGAUGUCAUUACGGGAACGGUGUACAUCCAUAAUGGGACUUUUACAUGCGUCCAUACAGGGACACCAACUUUGGAGAACGAGAACUUGAUCGAAAUAAAAACACCACCACCAACAACAACAGCAACACCAUUAGUGAUAACUCCAGGUGGUGCCCUUCCAGCCGCACCGCUGGUUAUACCAUAUCAGUCGGAUUAUGUAGAAACAGCAGAGCUUGUAGAAGAGUCUGUGUCUUCAUUCGAGAGCAUGUCUAUUAUGAACUUUUGA